AUGCAGCUCACAACCAUCCUGCCGGCCUUGGCCACCCUCGUCUUCCCCGUCGUCAACGCCGCUGCGAUUGAUCCCUGGCGUCCCGCAGACUGGGUCUCGCUCGGAUGUUACAAGGAUAGCCGCGAGGACCGUCUUCUAGAGUUCUUGUCGCCCCUCUCGGGUGAUAAGAUGACGGUCGUGAAAUGCAAGUACGCCUGCCGCAACGCCGACGACAGCUUCAACGCGGCCGGCCUCGAAUACGGCGGCGAGUGCUUCUGCGGCGACCUGUCUGACAAGAUCCUCGGCCGCCCCACCACCGGCUGCCUCACCGAAUGUACCGGCAACGAGAACCAGACCUGCGGCGGUCCCGACCGUAUCGACAUCUACACCGUCCUCGAUGUCUAG